AUGGAUGAAGAUGGGAGGCUACGGCAGUCUUUGCGAGAGAUCGAGGAGAAAGUCCCAAGGCUCUUGUCUCUUGGGGGUCGAGAAGGCCCAGGACAACAGAUCAAUGGUGACUAUGAGCUCCUCGAGGGAGUGCGGCCCAACGGCCGUCCUUGCUGGCUACGUCGGGGAAGGCCACUUCUAACGGUGAACAGCAAUGGUUUGGCAGAGCACGAUGGGGAUCUAAAACCCUUGUACCUCUUCUUCGGCGAGAUGGGCUACUGGAACAUUGCGGCGUCAGUACUAGCUGCCGGAGUUCAUGUCUUGGCGAGAAGUGGUCCAGACUUCUCCUCAGCUUCACCUGACUUAUGUCAAAUGCCGUGGACCAUCUUUGCAUUUGGAAAGGCUCACAAGGAUAGCAGCAUCGUAUGCUUUAGACAUGAGAGGAACAAAGUGGAGGUCGUCCAUGUUACCGGCUGUCGAGGGGACCAUGGCCAACUGAAUGGCAACUACCAGCUUUUGCGAGGCGUUCGCAUGGGCAGCCGCCCCAUUUUCGUGAAGGAUGGUUUUGGAGCAAGAGGUGAGGAAGAGAGGAAAGUUCUCCAUUUUACACAGCGUGCAGGGAGAUGGUUUAUUUCCAGCGUGACUCUCAGCGCCUUGGAGGAAGAACGGCUGAGCACUUCUUCGGAUUGCCAGGAUGCUGAUUUGCCACAGUGGCGCUGUGCAACUACGUUGGCAAGGAGCCCUGUUGCAUGGACAUCUUCGUCACCAGCAAGUUUGCCACAUGAACCUUGGUCGAUUAUCCGACAACUUCCGACCCAUCUACAGUAUGGUAUGACUGAGCGGCGGAGACGCGCUGAGUCAAUGAGACUGGCAGAUGAGAAUGACAUGGUCAGUGAAGAUGCCCCCGUGACCUUCAUCCCUUGUCAAGAGCUACAAGUCAAUGAGGGCUUUGGUCGCAAGGCCUCCAGCAGCAUCGGGCGAUCACUAUCCUAUGCUUCUCAGCGUUCAGGCUCUUUGAGCCCAAAGAGCCCUGACAAAUCUGACGGAUCACCCAAAGAGGCAUUGGAUAUCACUGAGACCGCAGAGAUCUGCGGCACAGAGCAGGAAACUGAGUACAUCCUGUGUCUCCACUUUUUAAACCACGAGGGCAUCGCAGAGAGCUUCGGUAUCAGCGGUGACUAUGUGAGAUCUGAUCAGCUUUAUGGAGAUCGUCCUGUCUUUAUCAAGGCACCUUUGCGACAGCGUGGAGGCAUUCUGGAUGAUGACAGGGUUGGACAGGAAAGGCACCUCUUUCUCUUCUACAACGACUUGACAUUUCGGUGGAAGGUGGCUCCAGAGGUGGGCGCCAAAGGUCUCAGCGUCUUGGCACGAAGUCCGGUUGGCUGGGACGAGGUGCUUUGCUCAGAAGAAGAAGGUGCCCCAAGAGAUCUUGGUCCAUGGCAACUUCGCACCAUGGAGCCGGAGCUCAGCAUCGGGCGCAGGAAGAAUGAGAUGCAGAUACCAGAGGACUCCAACUUCCAGAACUGCCCUGCACUUGAGGUGGUGGCGGUGGAAGAUCGAUCGCCUUCCAGGACGGUUUCAUUCUUUUAUCAAGGUCCAGAGGCUGAAGCGCAGGCUUUGGCAGAACAUCCACUAGCAGGUGACUUCAGGUUGCUGCGCCAGAGAUAUGGAAAGCGGCCGGUGUACAGGCGAGCUCCACUGCAAACAUGCGGCCCCAGGCCAAGCUUGCCUUCACAGCCUGGACUUUUCCUCUUCUUCGAGCCUCGGUCUGGAUACUGGGUGGUCAGCACAAUCUCACCUCUGGCGGCAAACCACGCGAUAGCGUUCGCUAGACCAGAUGUGCUGGGGCGAUUUGGCCAGGUCCUUGCAAGAAGCGGACCAGCUUGGAGUUCUUUGCUUCCGCAGGAGGCUCCAGCUUGGGAUGCAGCUGAUAGUCAGGUUCCUGGCUUUCAUCACCGUUUGUCAACUUCCAGAGCACCUCCCAGCGCUUUGCUCUCUGAUCAGCUGAUGCCAACGGAAUGGCUUCAACUCAUGGCUUCCGGGACAGAUGCAUCGCCUACAUUCUUGUGUGUGGGUGGCUGUGGAAGCAGGGUGCAGUCACUGAAUGGCUCAUAUGAGCUCCUUCCUGAAUCCAUGUGGGCCUCUAGGCCAGCUUGGAAGAAAAUGCGGCCAGAGGAAGACGAUGAGGAGGAUCACUUUCCGAAGUACAUCUUCUUUUGGCCGGAGACUGGCCAUUGGAUCAUUGGUCCAGAGCUUCAUGUUGCUCAAACUGGACUGGCCAGGAAUGGCCCUGGCCGCUGGGCAGCACAUUCCCCUGAUCAUUGUCCAGGGCGUUGGGCAGCUUUGGAUGGAAGUACUUUCUCUGAAGAUCCCAAGAUAUUCGUUCGUCGUCAGAAAGCCGCCUUCGGAGGCUUGGAUACCUUUGGUCUUUCCAGUGCAAUGUCUCCUUGCCAGAGCCUCGGGCCUCGAGCAAAAGCAUUGCCUUGUUCGCCUCGUGCUUGUAGGAGUGCCAUCUUCCAGUCGGAGGCGACUUCCAGAGCGACAAGUCCCACAGCAGCGCGGAAUUCCCCGCUGCCAAAGAGUGGAGGCGAAGAUCGCCGCUUGUCCAGUCCAAGAAUCUCACCGCGGGAGAUGCAGCUCCAUAAGAUGGGCGGCUCACCAAAAUCGCCAAAAGAGAGUCAUGGGAGCCCGAACUGCACAAGGUUUGCACCGCGUGAAGUCAGCCCACAGCGAAAUACAAGCCCAGUUCGAACCCGGGGUAUUUGUUGGCGACCUUGA